CAUCUCACGAUCUUUUCUCGUUCCUUCGCACUUCCUCCAAGCACAGGGCACACGUUUGCACACGAGGUCUCAACGGUAACUUCUAACAAUGGGCUUUGGUGAUCUCAAAACUCCCGCUGGCCUCAAAGUUUUGAAUGACUUUCUGGCAGACAAAAGUUACAUCGAGGGGUAUGUGCCGUCUCAGGCUGAUGUUGCGGUGUUUGAUGCCAUGUCUGGUGCCCCCUCAGCUGACCUCUGCCAUGCCUUGCGGUGGUACAACCACAUUAAGUCUUACCAGAAGGAGAAGGGCAGCCUUCCAGGUGUAAAGAAGCCCCUUGGUCAGUAUGGCCCUGCUGGUGUGGAGGACACAACUGCCGCAGAUAAUGAAGAUGAUGAUGACAUUGAUCUGUUCGGUUCUGAUGAGGAAGAGGAUGAGGAGACCACAAAGAUCAAGGAGGAGAGGCUUGCAGCUUACAAUGCAAAGAAGUCCAAGAAGCCUGCACUUAUCGCCAAGUCUUCCAUUCUGUUGGACGUCAAGCCCUGGGAUGAUGAAACCGAUAUGGCCAAGCUUGAGGAGUGUGUACGCACCAUUCAGUUGGAUGGUCUAGUUUGGGGACAAUCUAAACUGUUGCCUGUUGGCUAUGGCAUCAAAAAGCUGCAGAUUGCCUGUGUGGUGGAGGAUGACAAAGUUGGAACAGACCAGUUGGAGGAACUGAUCACCGCAUUUGAAGACUAUGUGCAGUCCAUGGAUGUGGCAGCCUUCAACAAGAUCUAAAACCUCACAGCAAAAAGCAUUAAUCCAAUAAAGGCACUUCAAAUGCA